AUGUACAUGGUGUGGCAAGCGAUCUGCUCUUGCGGAAAGCGGAGCGCCCCCUUUGUGACGACCGGCACGGUAAACGAGCAGGUUUACCUUAAGGAAUGCCUACAGAUGUGCUUACUAUCACUAUUGAAGCAGCCCGAGGGCCCGACCAUCUUCUGGCCGGAUCUCGCUUUGUACCACUGUUCAAAAGACGUGUUAGAGUGGUACGAAGCCAACGGGGUCACCUCCGUGCCAAAGGAAAUGAACCCGCCCAACGCGCCGGAGCUUCGCUCAAUAGAGAAAUAUUGGGCGAUUAUGAAGCAGGCCUUCCGGAAGAACCCGAAAGUUGUCAAAUCGGAGGCGGACUUCAAGAGAAAAUGGAUUUCUGUUAAAAAAAACUACAGCCUGACGUUUUAUAGAACCUUAUGGACGGGGUAA